AUGAACUGUGACUUUGCUCAUUAUCUGCCACACCAUUGCGUGAUAAAGCCGGACAGUUCUACGACCAAGCUGAGAGUGGUGUUCGAUGCAUCGGCGAAGAGCAGCACAGAUCUGUCUUUGAACGAUGUGAUGGAGAUUGGUCCCACAGUGCAGGAUUCACUCUUCAACGUGAUUUUGAGAUUUCGCUUGCACAAGUACGUCUUCACCGCCGACAUCCCGAAAAUGUAUCGGCAGGUGAUGGUUCACGAGUCUCAUCAGAAGUACCAACGGAUUCUGUGGAGAGAGAAUAAGGAUCAGACAGUGAAGGAGUUGGAGCUGAAUACGGUUACUUACGGUACAGCAGCCGCGCCUUUCCUGGCGACACGGUCCAUCGUUCAACUGGCUAAAGAUGAGCAGGAGGACUUUCCGGCGGCGAGCGAGGCUGUUGUGAAGUGCUUCUACGUUGAUGACGUGAUGACUGGGGCUGAUACCCUGAGCGGUGCUAGGCAACUUCAGAAAAACUUGAUUUCACUCCUGGCCAGGGGUGGAUUCCAGCUCCACAAAUGGUGCGCCAAUGAUGAAGCGUUGCUUGAAGACAUCCCUAUUGAUGCCAGGGAGAAGCAGCUGAACUUCGAGGACAGUGAUAUCAACGGAGUCAUCAAAACGCUUGGUGUCCUGUGGGAUCCCUCUAGUGAUGAUUUCCUGUUCCACGUGAAACCAAUCGGUGAGGGUUCCGAAAUACCCACGAAGCGAAUGGUGCUGUCGGACAUGUCAAAGCUGUUCGAUCCUCAUGGCCUACUAGCACCGAUCAUACUCAUUGCCAAACUCGUGAUUCAACAACUGUGGCAGCAGAACGUGGAAUGGGAUGAAGCGAUUCCGAAGGAGCAACUACGAACGUGGAACCGGUUCAGGUCCGAGCUUUCGUCUUUGAAUUCUCUGCGGAUCAACCGGCGGAUAACUGUUGAUGAUGCGGUUACUGUCGAGCUGCAUGGAUUUGCUGACGCCUCCAAGGUGGCGUAUGGGUGUUGCAUAUACCUGAGAAGUGUGAAGAGUGAUGGGGUUGCCGAGAUGCGAUUGAUUUGUGGCAAGUCACGGGUUGCCCCAAUGAAGGAGAUUCAACGAGACAUCAAGUUGGACGCCACACCUGAUGAGAUGACGAUCCCGCGGCUGGAGCUGUGUGCUGCAUUGCUGUUAGCGGAACAAGUGGAAAAAGUGCGCGAAACCUUAGCAUUAACAACCGCAAAGGUGGUGCUUUGGUCGGACUCUAAAAUAGUGUUGAACUGGUUGAAACAAAUGAAGACAAACACUCCAGUGUUCGUACAAAACCGCGUAGUGAAAAUUAGAAAACUUUUUGCUUCCCACAUGUGGCACUAUAUAUCGACACAACACAACCCUGCAGAUUUGGUGUCACGUGGGGUCUUCCCGGAAGAUUUGAUGCGUUGUGAAGAAUGGUGGAGUGGCCCAAGUGUAAUUCCUGUUGUAGCAGAGAAUGAAGGCGAACCGGUGGAAUCCGAAGAUUACUCCCACCAAACUGUGGCAGCUGUCAUACCGGAAAGGAAGGCUGCUCUGAAGAAGCAACUUGACCCGUACGACGUGAUCCUGAAGUACAGCAGCUAUCGCAAAUUGCAGCGUAUUUUCGGUUACGUGACUCGUUUCAUUCACAACUGCCGAUCGAAGCAAGACACGACGAGACGCAGAACGGGUGUGCUCAACAGCGAGGACCACAACGAAGCACAGAAGGCGAUGGUGACCAUUGUCCAGCAGGUGGUCUACAAGGACGAAAUCGGUUGCAUCCAGACGAAGCAAUCAGUCAAGGGAAAAUUGCGCAACUUGAACCCGAUCUACGGCGACGGCGAAAGACUGCUGCGAGUCGGCGGUCGCAUAAGAAACUCGGAUCUACCCAAGGACCAGAAGCACCCGAUGAUUUUGCCGGAGAACAACCAUUUCACCGAGGUGCUAGUUGAAGCGUUACACCGAGAGCAUCUUCAUGUUGGCUUGAGUGGACUCCUCGCAGUGGUACGACAGAAAUUCUGGCCAGUGAACGCGAAACGAACCAUUCAUCGGAUUUUGAAAAGGUGUGUGAUCUGCUUUCGAGCGAACCCCAGAGAUGUGCAGCAGUACAUGGGUGACCUCCCGAGUUGUCGAGUCACGGCGGCUCAACCCUUUGCUAGGACCGGGAUUGAUUACGCUGGUCCAUUCUUCAUCAAAGUUGGCCGAAUGAAAGCGAAGGUGAAGGUGUACGUGUCCCUGUUCGUAUGUAUGACGACCAAAUCCAUACACCUCGAACUGGUAAGUUCAUUGACGACCGAUGGAUUUCUGGCAGCGCUUCAUCGAUUUGCUGGCAGACGGGGAAAUCCAACCGAACUGUUCUCCGAUAACGGUACGAAUUUUCGUGGAGCAGACCGAGAACUUUCCGAACUUUUCGAUCUGCUACAGUCUCAAGUGCUCAACGAUAAGGUGAACGAGUUCUGCCAACCGAGAGGAAUUAAGUGGAGCUUCAAUCCGCCCAAGGCCCCGCACCAAGGUGGCAUUUGGGAGGCCAACGUGAAAUGUAUGAAGUCUCAUCUGUGCAAGACCCUGAACGAAAGCUACCUGACCUACGAGGAGUUGAACACGUUGCUGAUCCAAAUUGAAGGGAAAUUGAAUUCAAGGCCUCUGGUGCAGUUGACAGACGAUCCUUUCGACUAUGAAGCAUUGAGUCCUGGACACUUCUUAAUUGGACGAGAGUUGACGGCGGUUGCAGAACCGUUGUACAGUGACUUGAAGGAGUCGAGCUUGUCACGGUACCAGCUGGUGCAAAAACCGAUGCAGCAUUUUUGGCAGCGGUGGUCCAACGAAUACGUGACUGGACUACAGAAGCAUAGCAAAUGGAACUAG